ACGACGGCACCUGCGGGGCCGGACCGAGCCGAGCGGAGCUGAGCGGCGGCUGCGGCCCGGAUGUAACCGGUGCGGGAACAUGGCGCUGGCAGCGGAGUGACGGCAGAGAUCUUUCCACCAUGUUCGGGAAGAAGAAGAAAAGGCUGGAAAUUUCCGGGCCCUCCAACUUCGAGCACCGGGUUCACACUGGCUUCGACCACCGGGAGCAGAAGUUCACGGGACUACCUCAGCAGUGGCACAGCUUGCUGGCAGACACGGCCAACAGGCCAAAGCCUAUGGUGGAUCCCUCAUGCAUCACUCCCAUCCAGCUCGCUCCUAUGAAGACUAUUGUUCGAGGGAAUAAGCCUCGAAAGGAUACUUCAAUCAACGGCCUGCUGGAAGAGUUUGACAAUAUCUCAGUGACACGAUCCAAUUCCCUGCGGAAGGAAAGUCCUCCCACCCACCACCAAGGAAACGCAAACCAUGUGCCAAGGCACCAGGAGGAAAAUGGUUAUAUCACAUAUUCCCAGUACUCCAGUGAGUCAGACACUACAACUGACUACGUUGUGGAAAGGUAUCGAGACAAGACUGUUUAUGGGGAAGAGCUAGACAGGUACUACAAAGGGAGCUAUGCUGCCAAGCAGAACGGGCACAUGAUGAAGGUGACUUCCAGGGAUGUCUAUUACUCAGAAGUGACACCCCUGCAGUCAGACCUCUCUAGGUUCCUCCCAGAUUACCAUGCACACCUGGAGACAAAACCCAAACCACUGGAAUACGGUGGCCUAAAGCUGGAGUAUCAGCGGAUCCCCAGUGGAUCCUCCCUGGACUAUAGAGAUCCCUUUCCUUACACCCCAUCCCGAGCGUCGGUGCAGAGCGAGUGCCCCAAGGAGAGGCUGGAGUACAGCGACAGUGACUGGGGACAUGGUCUUGGCAAGGAUGACUACGACAAGAGACCAAAGUCAUCCUACGUGGACCCAGCGAGCCCUCAGCCAACAAUGAGGCAGAGGUCCAGAUCAGGUUCUGGUCUGCAGGAGCCGGCCAUGCCCUAUGGAGCAAGCGCCUUUAAAGCACACCAGCAAGGACAUUCCUACAGCUCCUACACCUACCCCCGCUUGUCAGAAACUGCAGCAGGCAUCCCUAAGGUGGAUUAUGAUCGAGCACAGCUUGUCGUUAGCCCAACGCUCUCUGGAUCAGACACCUACCCCAGGGGCCCAGUAAAGCUACCUCAAAGUCAGAGCAAAGUCAGCUAUUCAAGCAGCAGCUACCAGUACCCUCUGGUCUACCACAAAGCAUCCCACUAUCACCAGCCUCCUCUCCAGCCCAGCUCUCCCUAUAUUUCCACCGCCUCCUACCCCAGCUCCCCAAGUAUCACAUCAAGUGCUUAUCCUCCACCCAGCUGGGGAUCCUCCUCCGACCAGCAGCCCUCUAGGGUGUCCCACGAACAGUUCAGAGCUGCCCUGCAGCUCGUGGUCAGCCCCGGUGACCCCCGGGAGUACCUGGACAGCUUCAUCAAGAUCGGGGAGGGCUCCACGGGCAUCGUCUGCAUCGCCACUGAGAAGCACACGGGGAAGCAGGUCGCUGUGAAGAAGAUGGAUCUCAGGAAACAGCAGAGGAGGGAGCUGCUGUUCAAUGAGGUUGUAAUCAUGAGAGAUUACCAUCAUGAGAAUGUGGUUGACAUGUACAACAGUUACCUUGUUGGCGAUGAGCUGUGGGUUGUCAUGGAGUUUCUGGAGGGCGGCGCUUUGACAGACAUAGUGACUCACACGAGGAUGAACGAGGAGCAGAUAGCCACGGUCUGCCUGUCUGUCCUGCGAGCCCUGUCCUACCUGCACAACCAAGGUGUCAUCCACCGCGACAUCAAAAGCGACUCCAUCCUCCUCACAAGCGAUGGGAGGAUAAAACUGUCUGACUUCGGGUUCUGUGCCCAAGUGUCAAAGGAGGUCCCCAGGAGGAAGUCACUGGUCGGGACCCCGUACUGGAUGGCGCCGGAGGUGAUAUCCCGCCUGCCCUAUGGCACUGAGGUGGAUAUCUGGUCCCUGGGCAUCAUGGUGAUAGAGAUGAUAGAUGGUGAACCCCCCUACUUCAACGAGCCGCCGCUGCAGGCCAUGCGCCGGAUCCGGGAUAACUUACCUCCACGGGUGAAGGACAUGCACAAGGUCUCCUCGGUCCUCCGGGGCUUCUUGGACUCGAUGCUGGUGCGGGAGCCCUCGCAAAGAGCCACAGCACAGGAACUGUUGAGACACCCUUUCCUCAAACUGUCUGGGCCCCCUUCUUGCAUCGUGCCCCUCAUGAGGCAGCACCGGCAUCGCUGAAGCAGCAACUUCCCAGGAGGAGCUCAGUGUCUGGGUAUCCAGAAUUCCAGCCGGCAGGAACUGCAGGCAGGGACCAGCAGAACCUUAUGGAGGAAAACCUGCCCCACAGAACCACCGUGGUGUCAAACCCCAGGAGCUGCUCCCUGGGGCUGGAAGGGACCGCGGUGACCACGCUCCACCGCGCUGUUGUCUUCUCGGCCAUCCAUGAAGGCAGAAGGCACCAAACAAGGUUGGGAGGGUGGUUGGUGGGGGAUAGCACAACCAGAGCAGAACACCUGGGUGUCAUUGCAGGCUACGGCACUUCUGUUUGGGAAGAACACUUUUCUGACACAAACAAAAAGCACUUUUUUCUCUCGGUCAUGGCAGCGCAAUGUAUUUUGCAAUGAAUUUGUAACUUUCUGUACAGAGCGUUUUGAUAACUUGCAGUUCUUUGUCACGUACCCUUGUGUUAGUUGAAGUAAUAAGUGUAACUUAGCAAGGAUUUGAGAAGUUUCCUACUUUUAUAACCCUUUUGAAAACAGGAACAAAGAAAUCCCAAACCCACCUUUAGGUAGUUGGAAGGUUUUGCAGAGUCUCCAUUGGGGUGAGGUGAGCGCUUAUCCCACUGCCGAGGAGCCGGUGCUCACUGAUGCCUGUGGGAGCACUGGUUGGGUGGCUUUGGGCACUGCCAGUGCUGCUGCUGCACAUCAGCCAUUGCUGGGGGCUCCCUCCCUGUUUUCCAUGGUGGGACCCCACAGAGCCGAUGGACCUUUGCUCCAGGGCCAUGUCCUGGCGCUGCGGCAGUCCCUUCAUUAUACCCCACCGCAAGGCCAGUUUUGUUUCCACAUCAUCUCCAUUGCUUCUGUCCCGCUCUGGAAGUGGGGAGGGAUGGCAGACACCCACCCUCCAUCCUCCAGAGCCCUGACAGCCCCUUGUGAUGCGUGACGUUUGCCAUAUAGAAGAAGUCGUGCUGCUGUCUAGACCUUUUUGAAUGUUGAUGCAACAGUUGACUACUGCGGUACAGUUUGUGUUCUUUGUUGGAUGACUUUGCAUGUUAACUGUUAGGCCUGACUAGCUUUGCCUUUAACAUUUUUAGAAGUGCUUCAUGAUUAUUUCAAUGAGAAAUGAGUUUUAUUUAUUAACGAUCCGUUCUUUUUAGUUCUGUAUAAUACAAAAGCCAUGUUUUGCAAGGGGUUUUGGGUUUUUUUCCUCCUUACUGACCUCAUUUUGCGGUAUCAUUAAGAACCACGAAGCCAGUUUUGUGGGGACACAAGCUUGUUUCUUUCUUAUUAUGGAAUUUCAUAGGGAAUAAAUUAAUUGUUAUUUAUUGCAGUAAAUUAUAACCAAACAAACAGCUGAACCCGGCAGGAGCUGGUUCUUAAAGACAAAAGAGUUGCCAAUCGUAAAGAAGCUCCUUUAGUACUGCCCUUAAAAAGGUAAAGAGUAUUUGAGUGGAGAGAAAUGAUUGAGACUAAAAAGAGGAGAGGGGAUGAAUCUGAGCUGGAAACGGAACCAAUGUUCUUACAUCUGUGUCUUACUCCUCGCUGCUUCUCCUCCUUACCCCUGUUUGCACAUUGGAAGAAGACACUCAAGCAACCGCGUUUGGCUCCUGCUGCCCCGCGCCCAGCACCCACACAAAGCAGCACCCACACAAAGCAGCACCCACCACACUCCAGGUGCUUCUGUUUCAUAGUCUUGACAACUCAGGAAAAGAGGCUGCACCCGGCAGGGCAGGGAUGUGCUCAACCAGAGCCACUGAGGUCAGCUUUUUUAACCAUCUUUGGAUACAAUGGGUUUGGGGGGGGGUUCUUAAACAUUCAGCACAUUUGGGGCUGUGCAAGUGAAGAAUUUUCUGCAACUUUCUUACCAUGAGCUACUUUCCGCGGUGUCCAUGGAGUUUCUUGGGAGUUUUGUCGAUUCCAGAGGGGUUUUUGUGAACACGGGUGACUGGUGAGACCAGUGCACACGUGAGUUCAAUAAAUUC